CGCCGCAGCCAGACGCAACGGCCUAUUUCUAUCGUCGCUGCCUCAUUGGUCGUCGCUGUCAAAAUUGCGAAGCACUGAACAUAGUGAAAACAGCUAAAAUAAACAGAAAAUAAGAACUGCCCAUCGUGCGCUGGGAGAUGGAACUGUGAUCCAGUUCUGGCUUGUUUUUGUGAAAGAGAACUCACAUUUGGAAGGACAUAACCUGAACGGAUCCAUUCACGCUGGAAAUGGAAACGCCCCCAAACCAACAAACAAGUUCUGCCUGUGGUGGGACUACAAUCGGACAAGGGCCAAUGAACUUCCCAGUCAGAGAACCAAUCACUGAUGCAGAGGGGGCACAUCCCAAAGACUGUUGCUGUGAUUUCUCGCUCAAGACGGCCGCUGUCAUCGAUACCCUCUUGUGCCUGAGCAGCUCCCGAGCCAGAAAACCUACCACUGUUGCAGAGGUGGUAGUUUUGAACGACUGUUGCUGUGGACUGUCCCUCGAGACGGGCGCCACCAUCGCAGGUGUCUUGUUUUUGUUUUGGAGCCUCGUGCAGAUAGCGGUAUUAUUGUCAUACUUCGCCCUGGGCGGGUCAGCUCUUGACGGAGUGGUGACUGUGUACCUUGUAUACCACAUUACCGAGGCUAUCUGUGACAUAUUUCUCUACACUGGGGCUGUUAAGGGAAGCUCUGCCAAGCUCUUACCAUGGUUGAUUGUAAAAGCCCUGACGGCAGUAGCAGUUAUUGUAAUAGCUGUUAUCUCCUGGUCUGCUGUUUUUUGGUAUGAACGUCCUUCCGACACCAUUACUAUAUUUUUUAUGUGCGUCAUCUACUUGUUGCCCAACGUGUUCUUCCUGCGAGUCGUGUACAGCUACUACUGGACGCUCCGAAAGAGACAAGAAUCUGACAGGCUGGUACCUGAUAGAGUGAAUGUAUAGAUGUGAAGUGAAAUCGUCGCUGUUGGCAGUUUGAAUCAUCACUACUUCUAUGGAACAUUUAGCUCAUGAAACUGCUCUGGACAUCCGUGAAUGUUGAAGGAAGAAAGGUUGUCGUUAUUAUUUUUUGAUUUUGACAGGGAAUCUUGUAUCCAGGUACUACAGUUACUGCGAACAGUGUCUGCACUUUAUACCUCUGACUGAACUUACUGCUUCUGUUUUCGUAAACAGAGCAUUUCAUAAAUAAUUGGAGAGACUAUUAAAGUGUACAAGAAUUCAUUUUGCAGUGUUUCGCUUGGAACGAACUUUGUAUAUAUAACCUUCAACUGUUGAUUCUAGCAAAG